CUCAAAUUGGUCUCCGCCUUUUAGUUGUCACCUUCUUAGUUUAAAAUUCCGAUCAUUACUUCUUUACUGCAAAAUAAUCCAACUAUAAACCCUUUAAUCUUCGUUAAAAAGAAGUCAACUAACAAAUUAAUUACUGGGUUUCCAAUAAACCAAAGUUUUUAUUCCAAAAAUAAAUUAAAAACAUUAUUUUUGAGUUUUUUUUUUAAUCAAUGGCAGAUAGUGGAAAAGGAAGAAUUCUUCAAUUUGCACCUUUUCAAAGUUCAGUAGAUGAAGGGUUUUGGCAUAAAUUAUCAUCUUUAAAGCUUAAUAAAUUGCGCCUUGAUGAAUCCCCUAUUCCUAUUACUGGUUUUUAUGCACCUUGCUCGCAUCCUCAAGUAUCAAAUCACUUGACUCUUCUUGCUGAAUCUUUGCCGGCUGAGUCCGACGAGGAACAAUCGUCUCUUCUAGCUAGUCAAGGGAACAGAAAUAGGUGUCCUGUUCCCAGUAUUCUCCUCAAUACAAACACGUUAGAAAGUUUCUAUGCACUUGAUAAGCAAAGCCUACUUAAGGCAGAAGCCAAGAAGGUAUGGGAUGACAUUUACUCAGGCAAAGUUGAGGAGGACGGUUCUGUGCUCUUAAGAUUCCUAGUUAUAUCAUUUGCUGACUUGAAAAAAUGGAGCUUUCAUUAUUGGUUUGCGUUCCCUGCUUUGGUGCUUGAUCCUCCUGCAACUCUAGUCAAUUUGAAGCCAGCUUUGCAGUGCUUCACUUCUGAAGAGGCUGAAUCUCUAUCUAGAGCUUGUAAUGAGUGGCGCAGCAAGAGCUCCACUGCAGAUAUACCAUUCUUUUUGGUGACCAUUAGUUCAAAUUCGAGUGUUACUCUCAGGAAUAUAAGGGAGUUGGAAGCCUGCCAAAAUAACGGUCAAAAGCAGGUUAUUUUUGGAUUUUAUGACCCUUGUCAUCUUCCAAACAAUCCUGGAUGGCCACUUCGCAAUUAUCUUGCCUAUAUCUGUUCAAGGUGGGGCCUUGGAAAGAUUCACUUUUUCUGUUACCGUGAGAACCGUGGUUUUGCAGAUCUGGGAUUGUCGCUUGUUGGAGAAGCUGAAAUAUCUCUUUCACAAGCAGGGGGGAAUCAUGAGAACAUGCCAAAUGUUGUGGGAUGGGAACUAAACAAAGGAAAGAAGGUUCCGAGGUGCAUCAGCCUUGCUAAAUCUAUGGAUCCGACAAGGUUAGCUGUAUCAGCCGCUGAUUUGAACUUGAAACUAAUGAGAUGGCGUACAUUGCCGUCAUUGAAUCUAGAAAUUUUGGCUGUCACGAAAUGUCUCCUCCUGGGAGCAGGUACACUCGGAUGUCAGGUUGCUCGAAUGCUUAUGGCAUGGGGUGUCCGAAAAAUUACAUUGGUUGACAGUGGUAAGGUCUCAAUGUCUAAUCCAAUAAGGCAGUCUCUUUAUGCGCUUGAUGACUGUUUAAAUGGUGGCAAAUUUAAGGCCGUUGCAGCAGUUGAAAGUCUCAAGCGAAUAUUUCCAGCAGUGGAAGCCGAAGGUGUUGUGAUGGCUAUUCCAAUGCCUGGACAUUCCGUGUCUAGCCAGGAAGAAAGUAGUAUACUGCAGGACUGCAGACAUUUGUGUGAUUUGAUCAACUCACAUGAUGCAAUCUUUCUAUUAACUGAUACACGGGAAAGUCGGUGGCUUCCUAGUCUACUUUGUGCUAGUGCUAACAAGAUCACUAUAACUGCAGCCUUAGGCUUCGAUAGUUUUCUAGUUAUGCGUCAUGGAGCAGGCCCUGCGGGUUCUAUACAAAACUCACAACCUGAAACUUUGAACAAUGUCUCUGCUGGUAUGGUGAACCUCUCCCUUUCUAGUCAAAAUGAUUCGCAGAGAUUGGGGUGUUACUUUUGCAAUGAUGUGGUUGCGCCAAUUGAUUCAACUGCCAACCGUACCCUAGACCAACAAUGUACAGUUACUCGUCCUGGGCUUGCUCCUAUUGCAUCUGCCCUUGCAGUCGAACUUAUGGUUGGAGUUUUGCAUCAUCCUUCUGGAAUAAAUGCCAAAGCUGAAUUUGCAAACUCUAAUGAUAACGGCUGCACUGAACAACCUCUUGGCAUUCUACCUCAUCAGAUUCGGGGCUCGCUCUCCCAGUUUUCUCAGAUGACACUUGUUGGUCAUGCUUCAACUUGUUGCACUGCAUGUUGCUCCACCGUUGUAUCAGAAUAUCUCACGAAAGGGAUGGACUUCAUACUACAAGCUAUCAAUCAUCCUACAUAUCUAGAGGAUCUAACUGGACUAACAGAACUCAUGAAGUCAGCAGGAUCUUACACCCUGGACUGGGAUAACGAUAGUGAAAAUGAUGAUAACGAUGAUGAUUGUGUAGAGAUAUAACCUGAUUGUAACACAACUUACAUUCAUUCUUUUGCCAUCAAUCUGAUUGUUUUGUGUUUCGCCUGACCAGAUGUUAAGCGUCUCACUUCACACGCGUUUGACAACGAGUUGUCAACCACACUGAUUAGGUACCAUUAUGUUCUGCCAUGAUAACUCAAAUUCUGGUAACCACACUGAUGUAGUUUCUUUCUACAUGUAAAUUCUUUAUGGAAAAUAUGAUUUUCUGGUUUAGCCUGCUA